GGAUCAGAUUAUAGGACCUAUUCUAACAUGGGCUGUAAAUGAAAAAGGGAUUAUAUGGUAUAGUUUUGGAUUUGAGGAGAGUCAAUGGGAGGGCGAGACAAGACGCUACUAUAUUGUGGUGAAAGGGUAAACCCCAUAAUAUAAUAUUUAUCCACUGUUUGUAUCUUCAAUCUUGAGUUUUGGAUUUGUGGUCCAAGUCCCACAUAGAUUAAAGAUAAGGCCUGAUUAAAAUUUAUAAAGCGUGGCAUGCCUCACGCUACAAGUUGGUCUUGUACAGAUGAGUUAGACUCUAUAUAAAAACAUAAUAUAUUGAUAUGUGGCUUCUCAAUGAAGGGAUCUCAAUCACCAGUCAAAUUCUUGUUUCUUUUCUUUACGUAUUUAACCAAUCGAUUAUGACGCUUGUAAAUAGCCAGCUCUCUGCACUGGAGACUUGGUUUCUUUAUGGUGAUCAAGCUCGGUUUUUCAAUGAUGAGAUUCAUAUUGAUCUAAAGCACUCUAAGACUGGAACUGUUGCCAUGGCAAGUGCAGGAGAGAAUAUGAAUGCUUCACAGUUCUACAUAACUCUGCGUGAUGACCUUGAUUACCUUGACGGAAAGCAUACAGUUUUUGGUGAGGUAGCUGAAGGAUUUGAGACUUUGACUAGAAUAAAUGAGGCUUAUGCGGAUGGAAAGGGAAGACCAUUUAAAAAUAUCCGGAUCAAGCACACUUACAUCCUGGAGGAUCCUUAUGAUGAUCCUCCUCAGCUUCCUGAGUUCAUUCCUGAAGCAUCACCAGAAGGAAAACCUAAAGACGAGGUUGAUGAUGAAGUCCGACUUGAAGAUGAUUGGGUGCCGAUGGAUGAACAAUUAAACCCAGGAGAACUUGAAGAAGUUAUUAGAUCAAAGGAAGCACAUUCUAGGGCAGUUGUGCUUGAGAGUAUUGGGGAUAUUCCUGAUGCUGAGGUUAAGCCUCCAGAUAAUGUACUAUUUGUCUGUAAAUUGAAUCCGGUUACUGAGGAUGAGGACUUGCAUACAAUAUUUUCACGCUUUGGAACUGUAUCAUCGGCUGAAAUCAUCCGUGAUCACAAGACUGGUGACAGUUUAUGCUAUGCUUUUAUAGAGUUUGAGGACAAACAGGCAUGUGAGCAAGCAUAUUUUAAGAUGGAUAAUGCAUUGAUUGAUGAUCGAAGGAUACAUGUGGAUUUUAGUCAAAGUGUUGCAAAACUGUGGUCACAGUACAUGCGAAAAGAUAAUAAGGGUGGUGGUUGCUUCAAAUGUGGUUCCACAGAUCAUAUUGCCAAGGAUUGCACUGGAGAUGCUACGAUAAAACAAUCCACAAAAUACAUCUUGAAGGACAAUAAUUCCCAACGUGGUGGACAUAAUGCAAGAUAUGAAAUGGUUUUUGAUGGAGAUAACACAGAAAGUCCAAGGCGUGAAACAAAACACCUAAGACAUGACAGGGAUGACCGAUAUGAUAAAAUAAGCAGGAGAGAAAAUAUUAAAGACCAUAGUCAUAGAAGUCAUAGUGAUCAGGAGAUGGCAGGCUCAAAUAACAGAGAUAGGUAUGCCAACAGAAGCAGAGGGUUUGAAGGAAAUGGAGAUGAUAAAGCACCGCUGGAAAGAGGUGCGAGAGGUUCGGAUUCUUUUGCUGGCAAGAAAGACAGAGAAAGGCAAAUGGGAAGACAGAGAGAUGAUGGCUUCCGACGGAAAGAUGAGCUAGACUCAAGGAAAAUAGGCAGUGAUAGCUACACAGAAAGCCGGACUAGUCGAGAUGAUAGGAGAAAAACAGAUGCUAGCCAUUUGGAUAAGAGGAAUGACAGAGAUUAUAGGAAGAGAACUGAAGACGGUGGAAGGCAAGAUGUGAAGAUUGAUUCUGGACGAAGAAAACGAAGCCCAGAUGUUGACGAUUACAAACGUAGAAGGAAUGAUGAGGAUUGCAGAGAAGAUUUAAAGAUUGAUUCCAGACGAAGAAAACAAAGCCCAAAUGAUGGGGACUACAAACGUAGGAGGGAAGAUCGUGGACAUGAUACUGAUAGAAGACAUCAUGGUGACAAAAGAUGAUCGUUGGUGUGACCAUGUCCUAAUUAUAAGCACAGAACUCUGUCAAGGCAAGUUUAAGGUAGAGUUUGAUAUACAAUGAAAUUGAAUAGUAUGUUUUGUUUUCUUUGGUUCCACUAAACUUGUUGGUGGAAUCAGAAAGUGUUGUUUAUUUAGUUCUAUGCCGAAUUUAAUGUGUGGAACAUAGUUAGAAAACAUAUUAUCUCGUCUUGUUUUUUAGUGCUUACGAAAGAACAAAACUUACCUA